UUCCCUUGUUUAAAAAUAUCCUGGAAGCCAAAAGUAUUUUGGUCAUAUAACAUGUCCUUGUCACAGUCAGUCAUAACCUGAAGGCUGAAGAGACGGUUGAUAGUUCACAGGGAGAGAAGCUGCAUUACUGUACGGUGUUGUAAAGAGUUGGAACAUAAAGCUGAUGAGUGGUUUCUGGCCUGAGGGGAAGCUGUGAAACCUUCUGGACUUUAGUGAUUUACCUGCUCCCACAUUCUCUUGACAGAAAUAUGAGAAAUACUAGUUUGUGUAUUAAGUGCCUACACGUGUGUGUUGAUGCAGUUUGAUGCCAGCAGGUGGAGACAACUGUUUCCCUGGACAUGAACGACAUGCGGUCAAAGUGUUUGGGGAUUAAUUUAUCAACCUGCCUCAGAAAAGAAUCCCUACACUUCACACAAUAACCUUUAGAUAUGUCCAAACAUUGUGUACAGUUAUGUGCAGGCAUGGACGCAGAUGUAAGCAGUUGGUCGACUAGCUUGUAUAAACACGGUUUUGGCAAAUCCCCUUACCCAGAAUUCAUUGUCUGUACUGGUCUGAUGUCAAAAUGUUAAAGGGCGGGUCUUCGGCCUACUUAUAUUUAUCAACAGUAAAUGUAACAAGAAAAAUAUUAAUACUUUAACUCUCCUGUACUCUGCUUUUCUAAGUCAAAAUAAAAAAAUCCUCGGACUUUACCGAGUUUAUUGCCAACGUUUCGCUUUCCGGACCACUGAAACUUUCUGUCGAAACAUUCAUUAUGCACCUUAAACGUGUCUACAAAUACUACUGCCUGCGUUGUUCUUCGCCUCUCCAAACUUACAGCAGACAAAAUGUAGUUGUUGUGUUCCAACUUCAAAAUCAAUAUGUAUAAGUAUACCUGUAUAGAGGAUCUGAAAACACUAGAUAUGUAAUUUUCAUAUACAUUGCUUUAUCUAUACCUGAUACCUCAGUGAUGGAAUAUAGGUUGUACAUUACAUACCAUAUUCGUAGUUGUUGACAACUAUAUUGCUAUUGUGCUCCACUGUGUGUAAUAGAAGUGAUCAUCAUGUUGAAAGGGGAUGUAUAUAUGAACAAGAUUAGAGGGCAGAGGGACUUUCAGUCUUUCCCUCUAAAUCAGUUCCCCGUUCUCGUGGCUUUAGGUGUGGCUGUGCCUUUUUGCUUGUUUGUCUUCAAGUGGGGCAUUUCUAAAACCCAUAACUACAUUUUCGUAUAGUUUUUUGUUGUGAUCUUGGUCCAGUAUUGUUGUUCUAAUUAGAGAUUUCCUAGCGGUUGUUGAAGAACAAUCCCAUGGAGACAGGCUGUCAUGAAUGAAGCAGUUGGCCACACAGUUACGGAAGAAAACAUCCAUUCCAAUGGAGAAAAAAAACCACAUUGUAUAUUCUUAUCAUGGGCACCACAUUUAUGAGACCUUAAAUACUCGUCAGCUGUGACACACACAUCUAGGUGUGAUCAUAGCAGAUUUUAUUGGUCAGUUGCUGUCGAUCUGUGCAUCAGUGUUGAGAUCCAGUUUGACCACUAAGGCGGGGUCACAUGCAUGACGUCACUCGCCACGACAACAUCAGAGCCCAGAAUCUCAGAAGAUGUGAAUGUAGUGAUUGUACAAAAGGGAAGUGAGCCAGAGAGUAGGACCCAGAGUCUGCGAGUGCAAAGAUGCGUUGCUUCAGGCCUCGGAGCAGCAGGCCAGCAGAGGAAGGGAAAGUCGUGGAGCAACUACAAGCCAGAGAAAGUCAGCAAGUCAGCAGAGAUGUCAGGGACCCCGAGGAAACACGAGCUCAGCAGGACUCUAACCAUCAACUCAGCAGGAUCAUGCGGCCAGACGACACCAACAUUGUGGGUAACGUCCACGGCGGCAUCAUCCUCAAGAUGAUCGAGGAGGCCGGAUGCAUCGUUGGCACGCGACACUGCAACACACAGAACGGGGACCGCUGCUUGGCAGCUCUGGUUCGGGUGGAGAAAACCGAGUUCCUGUUCCCCAUGUUCGUUGGCGAGGUUGCCCACGUCACAGCUGAGAUCACCUACGCCUCCAAGCACUCGCUGGAGGUGCAGGUCAAAGUCACAGCUGAAAACAUCCUGACAGGAGCCAAAAAGCUGGCCAACAAGGCAGCUCUGUGGUACGUCCCCUGCUCGCUGCAGAAUGUCAAUAAGGUCACGGAUGUGCCGCCCAUCAAGUAUGCCCGUCAAGAGCAAGAGGAGCAGGGCAGAAAGCGCUACGAGGCUCAGAAGCUGGAGAGACUGGAGACCAAAGCGAGGACUGGAGAGGUGGUGCCACCUCCACUCAACCCAGAACCGCACACAGUUGGUUUCAGCCAGUCCAGUCUGAUCCAUUUGGUGGGCCCCUCUGACUGCACGUUGCACCAGUACAUCCAUGGCGGUGUGACGAUGAAGCUGAUGGAUGAGGUCGCCGGCAUUGUGUCAGUUCGGCACUGCAACAGCAACGUUGUCACCGCUUCUGUGGACGCCAUCAACUUCCAUCGCAAGAUCAACAAAGGCUGUGUGGUGACGGUGACGGGGCGGCUCACAUUCGUCAGUAACAAGUCUAUGGAAAUUGAAGUGUUGGUUGAUGCUUCCUCACUAGUGGAGCCAGAUAAAUAUCGCGCUGUCUCGGCCUUCUUCACCUUCAUGUCCCUGGACAAGGACAAUAAACCUCAAGCUAUCCCUCCUCUUAAGAUUGACGGAGAGGAGGAGCAGAGACGUUUCGAAGAAGGCGAAGCGCGUUACAACCAGAAUAAAGCAAAGCGACUCGCAGAAAAGAAGAUCCAGCAGUGACUCCGCUGCUCACCAGAGUAAAUCCUCUACUGCGACAGUAUCAACCCCACACGACACUUACAGUAUAGGAAAUAAGAAAACCUCUCCCCAUUCUGUCAUUGUAGAAUCCUGUGAAAUCAAACAAUGUUAAAAAUGUUUUCUGUGCUAUUUUCCCAGUGAAAGGGUUUUUUCCAUUUUUUGGGAGUUCUUCCUGAUCCGAUGUGAGGUCCUGGGACAUGGAUGUCGUAUAUGUACAGAUUGUAAAGCCCUCUGAGGCAAAUUUUGGCUACACAAAACAAACUGAAUUGAAUUAAAUUGAAUUGCUAUGCACCAAAGUGUCCACAUAUGGCUGAAUAUGUAUUUAAAAUUAAGAGUACAUCUUUUAUUUUGUGGAUAUUUGUAUUGAUUUAAAAAGACAAUUCAUCAUCCAAAGUGACAGACUGAUUGUAAAAUUACGAUAACUAUUUUUAUUUUCGGAAGAUGACGACUUCAUGUUUGGUGUCGGUGCAAAGUGAUAGUCUGAGUGCAUGUAAAAUGAUGAAUAAGUGAGUGAAUAAUGAUGAAUAAAAGAUCCAAGUGUGA